GGAGUCAUCGCUGCCUGCCAGUCACCACCUUCGUUUCUUCCUCCCUCUCUCCUCGCCCGCCGCCACCCAGCCGCCGCCUCCCUCCCCGGAACCCUAGCGGCCGGCCGCCAUGAAGGGCCCGGGCCUCUUCUCCGACAUCGGCAAGAAGGCCAAGGAUCUGCUCACCAAGGACUACACCUGCGACCAGAAGGUCACCGUCUCCACCCUCACCACCUCCGGCCUGACUCUCACCUCCUCAGCUGUGAAGAAAGGAGGACUUUAUUCUCUUGAUGUCAACUCAGUGUACAAGUAUAAAAAUAGCGUCAUUGAUGUCAAAGUGGACACAGAAUCAAAUAUAUCUACUACUUUGACUGUAUUGGAAGCCCUGCCUUCCACAAAACUUGUGACUUCCAUUAAGCUACCUGACUACAAUGCUGGAAAGGUGGAGUUGCAAUACUUCCAUGAUAAUGCAAGUUUCGCUACUGUGGUUGGCAUGAAGCCCUCUCCACUGGUUGAGUUUUCUGGUACCGUAGGUGGACAUGGAAUUGCCUUUGGGGCAGAAGGUGGGUAUGACACAGCUACUGGCAAAUUCACAAAGUACAGUGCUGGGUUUGGUGUAACCAAACCUGAAUACCAUGCUGCAUUCAUUCUGGCUGACAAAGGUGACACCAUCAAAGUGUCCGGUUUGUAUCACUUUGACGAAAAACAGAAGGCCGCAGCUGUAGCUGAGCUAACCCGGAAGCUGUCCACCAAUGAGAACACGCUAACUGUUGGUGGCCUCUACACAGUUGAUGAUCAGACGAUUGUGAAGGCGAGGCUGAACAACACUGGAAAGCUUGCCACCCUCUUUCAGCACACAGUUAAGCCGAAGACGCUUCUGACAAUCUCCGGUGAAUUCGACACGAAAGCCUUAGAUAGACCUCCCAAGUUCGGGCUGGCUCUUGCUCUCAAACCCUGAUCAGGUCGUCUGUGGUUGGAAAGUGAUUAAAAGGAUGAAUCUUUCGGUGUUUAUGCAUUGCCAGGGGAAAAUAAUAUUUUUGUGAACAUUAUGUUAAUCUCUUGCUGUUUUGGCCCUCCAUGGAGUCUCUAACCAUUGGGACUGUUUAGGCCCAUUUUUUUGACCAUCUAUUUGCUGAUGAAGGAAUCAGGCAUCAUCAUGCUAUUGGUAGGUAUAGUUGUUUGUUACUUGUCAGGCUAUCUGCCCGCUUUGAGUAGGUAUCAAUGUAGUCUGUUUUGCAGAAACAUAGCGCAUCAAAGAAUCUGUUUUGCACAAUCACGUGUUAUUGUUAAAUCGUGAUUACGCACCAUUUUGAUCAUUUGGAGUUAGCAUUGUGCUUUUUACCUUUUUCAUCAUCAAUACAGCGUUCUCUC